GGCCUGAUGACGUAGCAUUCACUGGCAAACAUGGGGGAGAAGAAGCAACGUGGGAAAGAAGCUUCAUCUGACGGAGAAAAAGCGGCUGAAAACCUGAACAUGGCUCUGGAGCCGAGCGACGACGAGGCUCCGGAGGAGGUGACCUUCCAGGACUCCAGGGUGGAGGCUCUCCGGAGGCUGAAGGAGGCGCUGGACACGGAGAGGAGAGAGAAGGAGCUGCUGAAGGAGAAGAGGAGGAAGAGACAGGAGCUCUUCCAGGAGCAGAAGAAGAGAAAGCUGUUCCCGGCUGAAGCGUUGGAGGAAAUGAACUCGUCGACUCUGAAGAAGCAGAAACAGCCUGAAGAUGAAGCUGAAGACGAUGAGGAGGAGAUGAAGGAGAAGAAGGAGAAGAAGAAGAAAUCUGCACAUUCUAGAAAGCUGAAGGGAACCUACACCGUCAGGACCAUGAAGGAUCAAACAUCGACGUUCUUCCAGCAGCAGGCGGCCAAAGAGUUCCUCCAGUCCAGACUGUAUGGAGCCGGAAGCUGCAGAACCACCAGUAACGAGCUGCUGUCACUCCAGAACAAGAAGGGAACCAAUCAGAGCGCAGCGGUGCAGUUUGUCAGGAAGGACUGGGCCUGUAAGGAAAAAGCCAAAGCAGAGAAGCUGAAGAAGAGGUGGAUCCACAAACAGCGGAAUCCCUCCACCUGAUCGCAAAAGGACUUCAAACAUGGCCGACCGUCUGAGGCGGUUCUGGUCGGGACAGUUUAUGGACUUUACUGGGCCCAGAAUCAGCUCAAUGCAGGAUUUACACGAUGUGAAAAUCCUCUAACGGGACUUUAACAGCUGGGAGGUAAAAUAGAUGAGCUGUACGUCAACUUUCAUGUUUCUGGACGGAUUAUUUAGAGUUUCUGUUCACAGGAUCAGCUGUUGUUUCUCUGUAAAGUGUAUUAAUCAGUGUUUGUUGUGUCUGUUACUGUAAAUUUCUAAAAACACAAAAUAAAAACUCUUCUGCUUUGAAUUUAUA